GGGGAUGCUGAGUUCCGGUGCGGGAGUUGGAUAUAGCACAUCUGUGGAAGAGUUAGAACCGCUAUCAAAGGAAGCAAAAAGGGGUGGCUUUCUUGAGGGAUAGACUCCUCAUGGAGGAGGGACAGUAGUACUUUAAGCAAGCAUCUGCUAUUAGCAUGAACCGGGAGGGGAGCUGUUGAGAAUGGACGGGUGAAAGUUGUCUUGCAGCGGCUGGUUUGAAUUCUCGGGACACUUGCGGAUUGUUGGAUAACCUAGAAAAAGGGAAGGAGACAGAUAGCGAGAAUGGACCAAGUGGAAAUCCUGAGGAAAUUUAAUAAUCAUGUUCAGGCUAUGAAAAUUAGGGAUCAUAACGGAGAAGAUAACUUUUCCAGCGACUUUACGAGACUUAGAAGGUUAUCGACUAAGUACCGCUCCGAAAAGAUCUAUCCGACUUGUGCUGGAGAAAAAGAAGAAAAUGUAAAAAAGAACAGAUAUAAAGAUAUCUUACCAUUUGACCAUAGUCGAGUCAAACUGACUUUAAAAACUUCUCCUGACGAUUCAGACUACAUCAAUGCAAGUUUUAUAAAGGGUAUGUGUGGACCAAAGACUUAUAUAGCUACCCAGGGUCCUCUUGUAAACACAGUACUGGAUUUCUGGAGGAUGAUUUGGGAAUACAAAGUAGUGGUAAUCAUUAUGGCAUGCCGUGAGGUUGAGAUGGGCCGGAAAAAAUGUGAGCGAUAUUGGCCACCUCACGGAGAAGAACCUGUAUCAUUUGGACCAUUUCACAUUUCAUGUGUGGCUGAACAACCACGAACAGACUACUUUAUUAGGACGCUCUCUGUCACAUUCCAGAAUGAAACACGGGAAAUUUACCAGUUUCAUUAUGUAAACUGGCCUGAUCAUGAUGUUCCUUCAUCGUUUGAUUCUAUUUUGGAUAUGAUCAGCCUGAUGCGAGAAUACCAAGAACAUGAAGAUGUGCCCUUGUGUAUACACUGCAGUGCAGGAUGUGGGAGAACUGGAGUCAUUUGUGCCAUCGAUUAUACUUGGAAUUUACUAAAAGCAAAGAAAAUACCAGAAGAUUUUAAUGUUUUUCAUUUAAUUCAGGAAAUGAGGACCCAGAGGCAUUCUGCAGUACAGACAAAGGAACAGUAUGAACUUGUUCAUCGAGCGAUAUCACAACUUUUUGAACAGCAGCUACAAUUAUAUGAAGCUGAAGGAAGCAUCAGUCUUCCUGAUGGCAUGGUUAAAGAUAGUUCUGAGAACAGUGAAAACUCGUUGAGUGUGGCAAACAGUGACUCUCCACCACCAAAGCCUCCUCGAAUUCGCAGUUGCCCCACUGAAGGAGAUGCGAAAGAAGAAAUUUUGCAGCCUCCAGAACCUCAACCUGUGCCUCCCAUUUUGACACCUUCUCCACCAUCAGCCUAUCCCACUGUUACCACAGUAAGGCAGGACAGUGAUAGAUACCAUCCCAAACCAGUGGUCCAUAAUUUAACUUCUGAACAGCCCAAAGAGCUCUGUGAAAGUAAUAGUAAAACAGAACGUGAUGGAAAAAGUGAAACCAGUGUUGAACACAAGGAGAAAACACUUGAAAGGAAGCUAAGUUUUGAGAUAAUGAAAGUGCCUUUGCAGGAAGGACCAAAAAGCUUUGAUGGGAACAAUAUUCAAAGAGGACAUGCAUUUAAAAAGAAAUCAUCAUCAUCUAGUGCACUUGAUAAAGCAUUAAAGUCAACUGAAUUAACCUCUUCAAAUACAGUGCAAAAUGCUCUUCCAAGCACUUCUAAUGAGAAUGGCAGAGUGCAGCCUAACAGAACGUUGAUGUCCCAUGACGCAAAGAUAGGUCUAAUUGCUUCUGAUACACCUGACAGGCCAGCCCGUUUACCUCUUAAAGAUGAACAUUUGAUGUCAUCUUUGCUCACCUCUGACAAUGCAACAUUUGCUGCUAAAGAUUCUUCAUCAUCUGAGGAGAAGUCUUCCAAAGCCAUUAGAACAGUCUCUGAGCCAUUAGGCACUUCUCAGGUUGACUCAUUGUCUUUGAGUAGUGAUGAAUCCUCCAGAAAACAUGCAGUAUGUGGACCACUGUCUUUUACUAAUCCCCUUCAUUCUGAUGACUCUGAUGUUGAGGAGAGGGAAUCUGAUAAAACUGUAACCAAAAAAACAUGCAGUAUUUCAACUGCAAGUGCCACAGUUUCUGCUGUCAUAAAUGAAAAUACUACAACUAGAAAAGCAUUUCCUGUGUCAAUUGCUAGACAGAAUUUGCCCAUCACACUGGAUACAGAAUCUGUGACAAAAGCUGAUACACCUGAAGAAUCUCCUCCACCUCUGCCAGAACGAACCCCAGAAUCAUUCAUGUUAGCAAGUGAACUGGAAAAUAUGCCAUCUAAGCCAGUUUCUCCUGGGCAAUCUAGGGAAUGGCCAAGUUACAAUCAUCCAGAAAAAGUAAAGACUGCGAUGACAAGGAGUAUGAGCUUGAAAAUAUCCCACAAUUCAAAAUGUGAUCGCCCUGAUGCAGGAGACAAGAAACAGUUUGUAGAUGGAGUUUCUAGGCCACUGUCUUCCAGUUCUAAAGGACAAAAACUCACAGAAAUAUCAGUUGGACGUCCAGACUUGGGUUUCAAUAGUCGAUGCUCAAAACCAAGGGGACCACGUGAUCCACCCAAAGAAUGGACGUGAUGCAGCCAUUAAUGUAAUGGCCCAUAAUACUAGGAUAUUUUUUCAUUCAAUGAGAAAAUUACAUCUGAAAAUAUUCAGCUUAACUAACAAAGUUUUUUACUAACAUAAACAAGAGCAUUGUAAAAACUGUCAAUGACAGAAAGGUACAUAAUUUUGCUGUACUUUUGGUUAUUGCUUUGAAUUUUGUUCCAAGGCGUGCAUUUCAGUGAUGAGUUCUAGUGUUUCUUUACUGGGACCAGUCAACUGCCUUAUAUUUCACUUAUGGAGAAAGUAUUAUAUGCAGUUUAUUCUCUAACUUUUGAAAGUAUUAUGACGGCCUUAAUUUUUUAACCCUGUUACACUGCUUGUAGAUGUAUGUUUGUAAUACAGUAACACUUACAAGGAUCUCUGGAUCUUAUUUUGCAAAUUUCUGAUAGCUGCAUUGUUUUGUACAUGUACAGGGCAAGUAGGUAUAUAAUUUUACAAAGUCAGUUAUUAAAUAUUAUUAACAGAAGGUGUAAGAAAUCUCUGCAUGAUCUAAAUCUUUGUGUAACAUUUUUUUUGUAAAUUAUUUGCCCUGUUACAGAAAGAAUAUUAUUUUCAGGUGUUUUUAUUAACUUGGAAAUGAACACUCACCUUGCAGGUCAGCAGAGGUUAAAGAUUUGUAAUACAUUUUGUAAAUUUUAAGCAAAGGUUAUUUUUAUAUUAUGCAACCUGAUCAUCACUGAUUUAACGUGGUUUUCAACUAGUCUUGGAAAUUUAAAGUGCCUUGGAACACUGUGACAUUCUAUUAAAAUGUCACUUAAGUACCCAAGUACAUCUGGGAGAAAAGUAUCACUCAAACAGAUCUGUAUUUUACCACGUAUUCACCUAUCAAUAAACAAGUUCUAAGUGCC